AUGACCUACCCUGGCAACUUAUCUUACCACCCGACUCCACCGUGCAUUGACUCACUUUUUACUUGUUCACAAGAGGCCGCGAUUGAAGUUGAGAUUGAGGACAAUGAUGGGGGCGAUGAUGAUCUGAUUGUCGAGCCCAACGGAAAGCGGCCAGGCGAAGGUCAUAUUCAUGGAAUACUUAUGAGUCAAGACCUAUGA